AUGGCCACCGCCGGAGCCGAAGAAGAUAGCGGUGGAGCCAGAGAAGACAGCAUCGGAGCAGGUGAAGAUGAAAGACGAUCACGUAAGGCAAUGAAAGGCAUGAGAUGUUUCUCCUUCUCCCAUAGAGACAAAACCAAUGAUACAAAGACUACAAAAUCUACCUCCAAUUCAUCACCUUCCAUAUCCAACGGUCAAUAUGAGACGAAAUCAGGGUCAGGAUUCACUUCCCUUGACGCCUCUGACGUCAGCAACGAAUCCUCCACCAGGGUUUCAUUCACAACCUUGACUCAAAGACCAAGUCGUAACAGUAACAAUAAUAUCAGAGUAUUCACAUUCGCCGAGCUCAAAUCCGUCACCAGAAACUUCAGCCGUGCCCUAAUAAUCGGAGAAGGCGGUUUCGGAUGCGUCUAUCGGGCUGUUCUACGAACCACAGAUGGUUCGAAUAAGAAAAUAGAUGUUGCUGUAAAGCAACUUGGAAGAAGGGGGUUGCAGGGCCACAAGGAAUGGAUUACGGAAGUGAAUGUUCUAGGGUUUGUUGAUCAUCCGAAUCUGGUCAAACUCAUUGGGUAUUGUGCCGAGGAUGAUGAAAGAGGGAUUCAACGUCUUCUUGUGUAUGAAUAUAUGCCAAACAGGAGUGUUCAAGAUCAUUUAUGUAGCAGAGUUCAAACACCAAUUCCAUGGUCAACGCGACUGAAAAUUGCACAGGAUGCUGCUCGAGGUUUAGCUUACCUCCAUGAAGAAAUGGAAUUUCAGAUAAUCUUUAGAGAUUUCAAAUCUUCGAAUAUUCUCUUGGAUGAGAAUUGGAACGCGAAGCUUUCAGAUUUUGGAUUGGCUAGGCUCGGUCCUUCCGAUGGUCUUAGCCAUGUCUCGACAGCUGUAGUUGGAACAGUAGGAUAUGCGGCUCCUGAAUACAUACAAACAGGGCGACUCACUUACAAGAGUGACGUAUGGAGUUAUGGAGUAUUUUUAUAUGAACUUAUAACGGGUAGAAGACCAUUGGAUCUAAACAAGCCAAAAAAUGAGCAAAAACUAUUGGAUUGGGUAAGACCACACAUCACUCAAGACAUGCGGAAAUUUCAAAUGAUUUUGGACCCUCGGCUUUCUGGAAACUACUCCCUAAAGUCUGCACAAAAGCUGGCUGCUGUUGCUAACAAAUGCUUACUUAAACAACCAAGAAUGAGGCCAAGAAUGAGCCAAGUGUUGGAAAUGGUGAACCAGAUUGUUGAAGGUGAUAUGGAGUGGCCGGAAAAAAUGGUGUCGCCGCUGUCGCCAUUGAAGGCGGCUGUGAUGGAGAGGGAUGGUGGUUGUGAGAGGUCGAUAAGGGAGGAGUUGAAGAGAAGGGUGAUUGAUCCUAUAAUUGGAGAGAAUAGAUGGUUGGUUUGUUUGGCUCGGAAUCCUAAGCUUGUGAGUACUAAUUGAGGAAAUAAGAUAUAACAUAACAGAUAUAAAAUAUAUGAUGAUAUAAGAUAUAACGUUACUGUUAUUGAAUUUCAUGAAAUAUGAGAGAG